CAAAUUUCAACUUUUACACAUGAACUUUUAAACCCAUCUUCUUCGUUUUAGACGAUGGAGAUUCGUAGCCGUAGUUUUCUUAUCUUUGCUUCUAUUCUACCAAAUAUUUUGUUAGCUAAAAAUUGUGGAAAUAUUCCACCAUUUUUAAGUCGGCUGCGAGAUGGAGUGGACAUAACAAAACUCGACCUGUUACCGUUAGAUUUGGGGGCCAAUGAUGGGUUUAAGAAUCCUGUUUUUGAUUUCACUUGUGACGUAGAAACGACAAGAACUAUUAAUAAUGUUCAGUAUAAUAUCCCAGACCAAGUAUGGAGUGUAGUGAACAUUCCAACAGGGUGGCUUUCUUCAAAUAUCGAAAUCCAUAAAACUAGCCACGCUGUUAAAAAAUCUAUGGGCAGAAAGGUUGAUGUUGGUUAUGGAGAAGGCAUUUUUUCUGCGAGUGGAUCAUACAAGAAAGUUCAAGAUUACAUAACAAACUCGUCCAAGUACAUAGAGGAAGUGACGUCAUAUACAUCUGGGUACAAGAUUAAUAUGAUGCCUGAUUGGGCACUAGAAUUUGGUAGAGUUGCAAAAAUGUACAUCGAGCGCUUCCUCCCAAAAACUUUUAAUGACACCUCAACUUCGCAAUAUAUGAGAUUUAUUCAUACAUUUGGAACACAUUACUUCAACCAGGGUAAAUUCGGAGGUCUUCUCAGAUUGAUUCUUGCUACGGACGAAAGCUACUAUCAUAGCAAAACUGACAGUCAAGUUGAAGCACAAGCUAGUGCUACAUUCUUUAACAUUAUAAAACUUGGCGGCGGAGGUUCGUCUGGUAGACAAACGGUAGAUGAGGCGUUCACAAGAGCUACGAGGAAAAGUGUAAGAUACUAUGGAGGCAGUACCAAUUUAAUAGUAACUAACGGAAUAUCAGCAUGGCAACCUACUGUAGCAGGAAAUCCUUGGUUAUUUGGCGGGAGUUUGACGGAAAUAUCUGGAAUGAUUGCUGACAGUAGCAAACGACAGUCAAUGAAAAGAGCCAUACAGGUUUAUAUGGAUAAAGCAUACAUGGAAGAACUACUCAGAAUUAUUGCAUGGUAUUACACAAGUGGAAAAUGGGACCAACAUAGAAGUGCUCUGAAUAACUACAAGAACCAAGUAAAUGCGCUAUUACAACAAAGCUUACCAGACCACAAUGCAGUUGCGACACUUGCAAAUACCAUAGAGACUGCAACAGUUGUUCCAGACUGGUUCCGUAAUACCAGACUUUGCUAUAACUGGUAUCCUGAUGGUGACGGGGGUCAAUGUGGGGGAGGAGCUGCACGUCAACUUUGUGCAAAUGUCAACCAAUGGACAGGUUACUACAGGGAUGAUACCGACAGACGUGGAGGUGGAUGUCGAAUGAGGUGGGGUAUUAUGUCGAAUGGCUACGACGAUUGGUUUAGAAAUGUUAAGAUUUGUUAUAAAUGGUGGCCCGAUGGUGAUGGUGGGCAGUGCGGAGGUGGUGCUUCAAGACUUCUCUGUGCCAAUGUAAAUUCUUACACUGGUUACUAUAGAGAUGACACAGAUAGAAGAGGUGGAGGUUGUCAAAUGCAGUGGAAGUUAUCUGUCCCAACGAGUGCUCCUUUGUGGAUUCAGAAUGCUGAGCUUUGCUAUCAGUGGUAUCCAGACGGUGAUGGUGGACAGUGUGGAGGAGGUGCUCCAAGGCUCUUGUGUGCGAGAGCAAACUCAUACACAAGAGCUUACCGUGAUGAUACAGAUAGGCGUGGAGGAGGAUGCCGAAUGAGAUGGAGCAUCAACGUUGUGUCUUAAUUUCUGUCCAAUAUAUAUAUAUACUACCAGACGAAAUAUCUUAAAUAUGCAUGUGUUUCUACAAUAAAUUAUACUUGUACCUUCAA